CCGGUUAUUAACAAAAGAACUUUUUUUUUUUUACAUGGAAACCGAAAAUGGUCACUUAAUUUGAAAUACGUUGUUUUCCUGUUUUGUUAUUGACAAUGAAUAACACAACGGAAGCGGGUUAAUGAGCGUGAAAAACUACGCACAUGUUCUAUGUUAUGUAUUUGUAAUUCAACAAACUUCCAACACUGUUGAGGAACCUCUUGAUCUCAUCAGGCUUAGUCUUGAUGAGCGCAUUUAUGUGAAAAUGCGAAAUGACAGAGAGCUCAGAGGAAGGCUACACGCUUAUGAUCAGCACUUGAACAUGAUCUUGGGUGAUGUUGAAGAGACUGUGACCACAGUAGAAAUUGAUGAGGAGACAUAUGAAGAAAUUUAUAAAUCCACAAAGAGGAACAUCCCAAUGCUGUUUGUUCGAGGGGAUGGUGUAGUACUGGUAGCUCCUCCACUGAGAGUUGGCUAGAUGCACACAUCCUGGAAGAGAAUGGAUCCAACUUGUUGAACUGUGCUCCCCAUUGGGAGUGGAAUUUUUUUUUAGAAAAAUGUAACCCAGCGUUUCUUGAAUU